AGGACACACACCGAUGAAUAUUGACGGGACGCCUAAAGCCAAUGGAUUUUUUGGAUUUCCUCCUCAAACGGCCGAGACAAAGCUUAAGGAUCUUCUAGGAAAUAUUAGUUUUGGAGUGCCGAUAAACGGGAAUAAUGAGCAGAAAUCAGAAGAGUUGAAGUUAAAAGAUAUAGAAAUCAGUUCAACAGGACCGAGUGGCCUAGAUUCUCCAGGUUUAUCUGCUGCGAUGUUCCAGUUUUCGCCAAUGGUAGAGCACUUGUUGCAAAACCUCACUAACAAAGCAGGUGUGCCAGAAUCAGUUGUGGACUCGAAAACGGUUGGAUUGAAUUAUCAAGAACCAUCCGAUUCGAAAACUCACACGUCAUUUUCAGACAGCGCUAGCUUGGCACAUUUCGAGCUAAAAACUGAGCCAAUGGAUGACUACAGCUACAACUUCUCAGAUAAUGACUUCAAUUCCUUCAAGUUUUCAUCCACUCCUGAAGAGCCAAAAAACAUUGGCUGCCAAAAAAUGAAGUCCUCAAAGAUGCAUCUCCAAGACAGACCGUACAAGUGCCCACGAGAUGAAUGUGACAAGAAGUUCUCAAGAAGUGACGAACUGACGAGACAUAUUAGGAUUCAUACAGGCCAAAAGCCAUUUCAGUGCCGAAUUUGUAUGCGUCGUUUCUCCCGAUCGGACCAUUUGACGACCCACGUGCGCACUCACACUGGCGAAAAACCAUACUCCUGCGACAUUUGCGGCAAAAAAUUUGCGCGAUGUGAUGAACGAACGCGGCACACAAAAAUUCACAAGAAAUCGGGUCCAGGCAAGCACAAGAUGAAGUGUGGUCCUCCAUGGAGGAUCCAAUGUUUGAAUAAUAUGAUGCUGCCAAUCGAUACAGUUCUCUUUUUUCUUUUUUGACAUUUCUAAAUAAUUCUCCUUGUUUCUUCCUCCGACACACCGGUAAUGACAUUUGCGAACCGAUAGACAAUUUUUAAAGUUUUAGUUUUCAACGAUCUGAAAACCCCAUUUUUUUGUUCAAUUGAUAUUUUUAGCGUUUGAAUAGUAUUCCAAAUUACUCCCUGUCUCCUAAAAUGAAAUCUAACAAUAAACCUAGAUCUCAAUACCGAUAGAUUAAUCAUAUGUUAAUCAAAUCUUUUUUUUGUUCGUUUUCUACUUGUUUUUGUUGUUUUUUCUUUCGUUCCUUUUUUUAUAAAAAAAUUUGUUAAAAAAUUUGAAUUAAAUUAA